UGAAACUGAAUUAUCCGUACUAUCCAUCGCUGACAACAAACAUGGAAGCAGCGUUGGACGCCUGCGUGAACGACAAGGUGUUGCGCCGCCGUCUUCUAUUCCAUUGGACCACGGCACAUGCCAUGCUGCUUCGCAUACCUGAAUCCUCCUUCUCCACGUCGACACUGAAGCCCGAGGACGAGCAGCAGCCACCGAAAGUCAGUAGUGCCUUGGCACUGUCGCGUAUCCACUCGUCGGCGUUCAUUCGACUCUUGCACACCAUGCAGUCGUCCAAGGACAAGCCAUUCUCUAGGUCUUUGCCUAGCACGGUCAUGGAACACUUCUGCGAUGCGUGCUUCGGGCUCAUCAUACCCGGGAAGAGCGCGCAUGUCCGCAUAAUCCACCAAAGCCACAACGCCGCCGUCAAUAAGAAGCUCGCUCGGGUGCAUGCCGCGUCCAAGCGAAAGGCCAAAGUUCUCCACAAGUCCAUCGCGCCUUGUAUCCGUGUGCGCAACGCCGUCGUCACGACAUGCCACCACUGCCGCCAUCGCCACACAUUACCUGGCACCCCCGUGGCCGCAAAGAAGGUCCGCGCCGCCGCCGCCAAGCCUGCAGUCGUGGCAGCACCCGUGACGCUGAAACGAACUCACGACAGCAUCUUUGGCCCGCCGCCCAGUCCCCCUCGAAAGCUGCUUGACGGCAAAAAGAAAAAGAAAAAAACACCCACGCCGACCCCGCCAAGUGCGUUAGACUCGUUCUUUAAAUCCCUGCAAUAAGACUAGAGAAGCAUUCCAUCACCUCCA